AAAUUAAAUCACCAUGAAUUUUUCAGUGACUUACUGACUGUAAUGAGUGGAGGAACAAAAUAAUUGAAAUAAAUUAACAAUAUUUCAUUUAAUUAAACAUUGAAAAGAUGAACUUUAUCAUUAUUCUGGUAUUGUUCCAAAGUGUUGGCAUAAGUCCGAAACAUUACCUAAUAGAAACUAACAAGGAAUCUGGGGAUAAUGUCACUGACUUUGCAGAACCAAAGCAGGAAAUAAGGAAAAGAGCCAACACUGACUUUGUAGGAACAGAGCAGGAAACUACACAUGGAACCAAUGGUACUGACUAUUUCUUUGAAUUUUUGGCCUCAUUAUUUCCUCCUCCACCGCCAGGUCCACCAGGACCUCCCCUUCCGGGUGCACCAGGUUUCCCAAUAGAAGCAUUCCUUGGUGGAAAAGGAAAAGGAGGUGGAAAAGGCAAAGGGAAAGGAAAAGGUAAACUGGGUGGAAAGGGUAAAGGACGUGGAAAAGGAGGUGGAAAAGGAGGUUUUGUUAUUUGAAUGAAUAAUUACAGGUUGUAAAAAUCAAAAGUAUCUUUACUAAUCAAUGUCUAACAAUUUUGAAUAGCCCUAUUAAUUUAAGUAAAAUUCAAAUUGUUGUUAAAUAUAUCCGUUGCCUAAUUGUUCAUGUAACCUGUUUCUUUGUAAUACAAUAAACCAAGUAAUCUGACACAA